UCAGCUGGAACCGGGACAAAUACCAACGUGGAAAGCUCACGGCUUUCACCAACCCCUACUAUUCCUUUUGUUAGGGUUUAUAUGGUUAAAAUAACGUGAUAUUUAUCGACACGAGGCUAAAAUAAAGUCAUUUCAGGCGUGUAUCUACGGUGUCGUGCUAAGGUCAUCCGCUCGCUGCCUGAAUUCCCCUCUUUGUGUUUACACAUCCGGGUUUCCCUGUUUGCAGCCCAUUCCCCAUUUAGAAGCCAUUUUGGACACAGAUCAGUAACAUGCAUGUAAACCCCGACCGACCUCCCGACGCAGCGGUGCUACUAUUCAAGUGAAUAACCUCAAAAAGAGCGCUGAGUUUUCGUCUCGGAUUGUUCAACGGCUUCCCAUUCGGUUUCUGGAUCCCGUUUCCGAUGCGAAAUGCUGCACCUAUUAAUGGACUAACAGCCUGGCAGUCAAUUAAUCGCCCCUAUCUUUUCUUGCAACAUUGUUGCACCGUCGCGGCUAUUGACACGCGUUGUGGUGGUGGUUUAGACCGUGCUGGAGGGACCGAAGGCCUGUGGUCGUUUUGAUCCUGGACUGAUGUUUUGGACAACCUGAGUUUUAAUGUUCGCUACGGAAAGCGGGGGAAAUCUCUGUCCUGUAUUUAAAACGGAACAUGUCUUUUUCAUGGCUGACUUGUUCACUUCUUCUGGGAACUUUAUGCGCAGGGUACAGUCUGGGCGAAGCAGAGACCCGGGAGUGUGUGUACUACAAUGAUAACUGGCGUACGGAGAGGACCAACCAGAGCGGCUUCGAGCGCUGCGAGGGGGAGAAGGACAAGCGACUGCACUGUUAUGCCUCCUGGCUCAACUCCUCAGGGACCAUCAAGCUGGUGAAGAAAGGCUGCUGGCUGGACGACUUCAACUGCUAUGACAGGCAAGAGUGUGUUUCCAUGGAGGAAAACCCUCAGGUCUUCUUCUGCUGCUGUGAGGGCAACUACUGCAAUGAACGAUUCACCCACCUUCCUGAUAUGAUUGGCAGUGGCAACCGAGUGAAAAUCCGGCCUCCGCCCCGGGUGCCGUCCCUGCUCAACGUGCUGGUGUACUCCCUGCUGCCUCUCUGUGUGCUGUCCCUGGCCCUCGUUCUGGCCUUGUGGAUGUACCGCCACCGCAAACCUCCGUACGGCCACGUGGACCUCAGUGAGGAUCCAGGACCCACUCCUCCCUCCCCAUUGGUGGGUCUGAAACCUCUGCAGCUGCUGGAAAUCAAAGCUAGGGGGCGCUUUGGUUGUGUUUGGAAAGCCCAGUUGAUGAGUGAAUAUGUUGCUGUAAAGAUAUUCCCUGUUCAGGAUAAGCAGUCAUGGCAAAAUGAGCGGGACAUUUUCAUAACUCCAGGGAUGCGACAUGAAAACAUCUUGCGUUACAUUGCUGCUGAAAAACAUGGAACCAACCUGGAGACGGAGCUUUGGCUUAUCACAGAGUUUCAUGAGAGGGGCUCACUGACAGACCACCUGAAGGGUAACACUGUGACCUGGACUGAGCUGUGUCACAUAGCAGAGACCAUGUCCCGCGGCUUGGCCUACCUCCAUGAGGACAUUCCCAGCUACAAGGGAGAGGGGCCGAAACCCACUAUUGCACACAGGGACUUCAAGAGUAAGAAUGUGAUGCUUCGAGAUGAUUUAACUGCAGUUAUUGGAGACUUUGGGCUCGCUGUACGAUUUGAACCAGGAAAACCUCCAGGAGAUACUCAUGGCCAGGUGGGUACGCGGCGUUACAUGGCUCCAGAGGUGCUGGAGGGAGCCAUCAACUUCCAGCGAGACUCCUUCUUGAGGAUAGACAUGUAUGCCAUGGGCUUGGUGCUGUGGGAGCUGGUGUCUCGCUGCUCAGAGACAGACGGUACAGUUGGCGAGUACAUGCUGCCGUUUGAGGAUGAAAUAGGCCAGCAUCCCUCCCUGGAGGAUCUGCAGGAUGUGGUCGUGCACAAGAAGAUGCGCCCAGUCAUCAAGGAGAGCUGGCUCAAACAUCCUGGUUUGAGCCAGAUGAGCGAGACCAUUGAGGAAUGCUGGGACCACGAUGCAGAAGCACGACUGUCGGCCGGCUGUGUCGAGGAGCGCAUCGGCCAAAUCGCCAGGGUGAUCAGCAGCACUACCUCAGACAGCCCCGUCUCCAUUGUGACGUCUCUCACCAACGAGGACCUACCUCCCAAAGAGUCCAGCACCUGAACGGGUGACCAACCAUCCUUCACCUGAGCUCCUGACUUUUUAUUUUUCAAACCCAAACUCAGCGGAUCUCCGUGAAUAUUUAAAAAAAAAAAAAAAAAAAAAAAAAAAAAAAAUGAAAAAACAACUAGCAACUUGAAUGCAGCUGCUAUUUUAUCCCAAUACUGGUAUUUUUUCUGUUUUAAUGUUUUCAGUGUUUAAAGUCAGAUCUUACUAACACAUCCAUCUGCUGUAGUUUUUAAGUAGUAAUAAGCUAUGCGAUGGGCACAUCUGAUAACACCCAUGUGUCAAAUCUUAAAUGUUGUCAUUACCUCAUGUAUUUCUCUUGUGUUAGUCUGUUUUUUAUUACCUCAUGAGUCGUUAUCGUUUCGUUUUUUUUUUUUUUUUUUCCCGGUCUUGGUCAUGAUCGUCUGCGGCCAAAUGAAAUGAAUCCUUGCUCCAAACCUCGGACAAUGUGCUGCACACCUCGGAGGAACCGUUUUGAGACUGUUAGAAAAAUAUAUUCAUCUUCCUCAGGGGUCGAAGCUUCUCAAUUUUUUUUUCCCCCCAACUUGAGUGUGCUCCCAUAUUUUAAACCUGUGAAUGCCUCAGAAUGAAAAAAAGUUUUUUUUUUUGGUUUUUUUUUUAAAUCAGAGCACAGCUGUUUUAUUGUAAGGGAGGGAGCUAAAAUGGAAGCUGAACAGUUGUAUUGGACUUUUUGAACCUUUCUGAAGAUUUGGGACGAGCGUCUUGUCCCCGGGGAACUACCUCUCAGGUAUCCAGUAGGCUUCUUUGGAACAUUUUCUCUAAUUUGAGAGCCAAGCUAUCCAUCUAGCUAUCAUGGACAUAUAUUCCUGGUUUUUCUUUUCUUUUUUUUUUUUUAAUUGUAGAAAUUCAGAGUUACUCCUUAGCCAGUGCCAGGGGCAUUGACGGAUGCUGUCUGGAGUUGCAAUGUUACACAUUCUUGAUUUUAACUAUCUGUGUGAGUGUGUACACGUGUGUGUGUGUGUGUGUGUGUGUGUGUGUGUGUGUGUAUGGGUACCUGUGUGAGAAUUUGAAGACUAAAUGAUAUGAGAUGGAUAGAGAGUGUUUUUGAGGAAAGAAUCACGGACAGGUAGUUGGGGUUUAUCCUUGCGAGGGCCAUACUUGAGUAAGCAACAUGUCUGUUUUUAAUUUCUUGUGGCUGUUUGUUCAAUAGACUCAGUCGGACACCAGUCCCCAGAUACCUCAGUCACUGUACGUCAUGCAAGGAGAGCUCAAAUGGUUGCCUUUGUCUCAAAUGCAAUGCCAUAGUCGUACCAUAACAUGAAUACCAUACAUUGAAUGUCCGUUAUGCUGCUGUGACUAUUCCAGGAUACUCAAGGAUUUGUAGGUGUACAUGUAUUCUUUGUUAAUAUAACGCUAACAUGUGAUAACUAUCCAUGAUAUUAUGUGACGCUAAUAUUCUGUUUUUGUGUUGUUUUUUUUUUGUUGUUUUUUUUUUUGACUGGGUAAGCCCUCAGCUGCUUACUCCUCCAGACUGACCUCAGAUAUUCUGACAAGUACCUCAGGCUUUUUCUACAUGUAUAUCAAGUUGUGUUAUGUAUUUUAUUGUGUUUUAGUAGUCGAGAUAUUUUAUCGCCGGUUGGGCCUCUUUGUCUGUGGAGAUUUCUUUUUGAAAUAGAGCCUGACCAGUUGUCACAGUGUUAAAUGCUGUACAAAACCUAAAAGAAGAGAGGCAGAUUCUUGUAAAUAGACGUGCACACACAGUUGCAGAACACUGAUCUGUUUUAUAUAUAUAUAUAAAAUACAAAAAAAACAAAAUCAGGGCAUUACAGUUCUCAUUUCACAGAAACAGAAAGGGAUUUCUCAGUUCCACCUCUAGAUAUUUAAUUCAUUUGGACAACAAGCCCUGUGAUUAUAUAUUCCGAUUUUUCAAGAAUGGUGGUUGUGUUACUGAUUUCUAUGAAUAAUGGUAUCAGUUCCUCUGGAUCAGAAGCUGUGUAGGUAGCACUUGCAUCGGAAAGCUUAGUGAAUAUCAUCAAAAAGAUCAUUUUAAAAAAGGCAACAAAAAAUCCUAAUGUUUCGGGGCGGGUGGCGUCUGUGAUUGGCCACUUGUUUGAACAGUAUUACCUCAAUAUUAACCCACUGAUGUGAUGUUCAGACCUUGUUCAGUGAUAGUUUAGCCACCUUGGAUAACACACAGGGCUCGUCUGUUGUGCUUUGAUUAGUGCUGUGGAAAGAUGGUGAUUUUUUGAAGUGGUCUGUAAUGCUUGCUCCUGUGCAGUUGUGGUGAAGAACAUGCGGAACAAAAACAUCAGUCAAUACAGAACAAUGUUUUUAGUGUUUGGAAGUCAUCUACGUGUCUAUAACCACAUGAUUGAUUGUGAUAAUGCAGCCCCAUUAGGAGUCGUGUAAACGGUGGCAUGUGCGUGGUCCAAGGGUCCAGCAAUAUUUAUUAUACAGCAAUAGUCAUUUGAAUAUCAUAGUUCAAGUCCAUUAUACUCAGCUGUGACUUAGCAGUUUUCUCCUGCGGAUCAGUCAAGUACAUCUCAUCACACCUGGAUCAUGUUCUGACGAGGACACUGUCCUGAUAGAAAAAUGUUGUGAAUGUUGUGAGGUUGAAUUUGUGUGUGUGUGUGUGUGUGUGUGUGUGUGUGUGUGUGUGUGUGUGUGUGUGUGUGUGUGUGUGUGUGUGUGUGUGUGUGUGAGCUGAACGUGACCCAGGUGCUCUCACGUAUUGUGCCAGAAAAAAACACAACGAUCGUGUGGGAAAAUCUUGCUGUGAUCGGUGGUAAUCUCCAAAUGCUGUCUUACACCCAGCUCUUCUGAACAGAAAAACCAGUUACCUCAUGCAGUACCUCGUUAGUAACACUAACAUGGAGUCAGUCUCAUCUUCAAAAAAAAAAAAAGAAAGAAAAAUAUCAAUUAUUGUGUAUAUAUUUACUUGACAAAUGUAAAGGGUUUCUUCCUUUUCAUGUGUGAAUCCUGUGAAAGCAAAGCCUUUUUUUGAUUUACAGUCAACAUAUUGUUCAUUUCUUGUAGCGUGAAUGGAUGUUGGACUGAAUCGUGUGACCUUCCCUGUUUAUGUGAACUGUGUGUAUGUGUAUGUUUGUGUGUGUGUGUGUGUGUGUGGGCGCGUGUGCGUAGUGUGUGUUUGUUGGUUUCACUAAAACAGUACGAAUGGUAACUUUAUCUGUGAGUUGAAAUGCUUAGAAAUAUAAACUAGAUGAGAAUACAUCCAUCUUUUUGUAUAUUAAAAUAAAGACAAACACUGAUUAACCAUGAAAA